UUAACGCCAGACUCGCCAAAUUGCUCGCGAUUUAUUAUUAUUAUACGCAAACACUCUGCCGACAUGCAUCGACGAACGAUCCGCGGAAACUAAAGACCUGGCGUGGCGAUAAUGAAUAAAGGCCGAGGGACCGCGUCGUCGCGUGCUUUCGCUAAUAUCACACGGUCUCCUUUUUCUUUGCACUGUGAGUUUCCGAAGUAUCACAGGCAAGUGAUUUAGCAUCGUCCUUGGCCACAAAAGUUACGUAUUAAUUUGUCGCGUGGAAAUUAGAUCGGCGAUUACGGCGAUCUGGCGGACGGACGGUUGGGCAUUUGCCGAGUUUCAGUAUGGAGUGCCCCGAAGCGGUAGAACGAGGUCGGAAUUUUCGUCUACUCGCUGAAGAGGAGCUGUCUAAACUUUUGGACUUUCUUACGGGAUACCUGCCCGAUUCGCUCAAGUUUCAUCAGACCGUACUGACUUACAUGCGGGACAGAGUCUGGGAAUUCCAUUUUUACGUGGCAAAAGAUUGGCCCGAGGACGCGAUCUGCUUACAUUUCCCCGGAAUGACGUUAUCCCCGCACGGUUUGCUGUACGAGAGCGUCGGUGUGUUCUGCCCGAACGACCGGCUGGAGCUGCUCCGCCUUCUCCGAGAGGAGGACGUCCUGAUAGACUGGUCGAGACCUUUGUACAUUAAUUUCGUUCACUACGACAUCGCCGAGGAGCUGAUGCGUCUCUACGAGGGCACCGGCACCGUCGAGACCAUCGUCGGCGACGUCUGCGCGCGCGACUACGUGCAGGAGGAGGAAAGCGAGGAGUCGGACGAUGGUUCCGACGUCCAGGUGCGACCUCUCAAGGCCGAGCACGCCGAGGGCAUCCACGAGCUGUAUCCGGCGAACGACAUGGAGUGCCACGAGCUCUUCCUACGGCUCAUCAGGACCCUGCCCGCGGCCGGUGUGUUCGCGAAGGGCUGCUUGGCCGCUUGGAUGGUCCAGUCCUAUUACGGGGCCAUGUUCUCCAUGCAGACCAAGCCGGAAUACCGCAGGAAAGGUUACGGGACGAAGCUAGCAAGGUACCUGACGAAACGCGUGGCCGAGAAAGGCUAUUAUCCGUUUGUUGUGAUACGUCCAGAGAACGAAGCCAGCCAAAGUCUGUACAAGAAGCUGGGCUUCAGACGGCUUUACCAGAUCGUACGGAUGAUCUUUACGCCUUCCACGUGGCAGGACAGCGAGAACGACGCGAGCAUACUCAGGGAUAACCUGGAGAACGCCGUCAGGCAGCUCACCAUCGAGCGGAGGGUAAUAACGGCUCUUUGCGAUCGGGAGGAGGAAAGCGGAGAAACGAUACGAGAUCCCACGGGAGCCGUGGAAGACCAGUCGACCGUCGGUCAGUCCGGCGGGACGGAGGAAGACGAGGAGCUCCUCGAGACUAUCGAGGAGCACCCCGAGGAGAGGAUAGACGCGACGGACGACAACGCGGCGGGCGAAGACGCGCCGCCGGAGGUCGCCGACUGUUGCGACUGCGGGACGGAUGCUGCGGCUGGCGACGAAUAAGUUCGAGAACGGUUUACGCGAUAAAUGACGGUCCAUAAAUGCGCGUUUCGCCCGCUCGGAGACGCGGCUCUCCUCGAGCUGGUGAACUCGACACGAGCUGGGAGACGGCCAAGUAUUCGAGUAAUGUUAAACAGUGAUGUACGGAGCGAGUACAAUGAGUUCUCGGGGAUAAUAUACGGUAGAGACUCGCUAUACACUUCUUCUGGCGCAUUACCCCGCUCAUUCGUUUGAUGUUUCGUCGUCGAAAACGUACGUCUUGAAAUGUAUCUUACGAACGAUAAGAUAUCGUAUCGAAUAGGUUUUCAUUCGGGGACACAAUGGUGUAUGCUUUACGUGGCGAGGAGUCCGCCGUCUUCGAGCGACGAAACGCGAAAAAGUCAAAGAUAGAAAAUAUUUUAAGAGAUUUCGACAUAUUACGGCACCGCGUUCGUGCGAGGCUUCAAUUCGCGUACGAGGAAUCAAAAUUCCUCGUAUGAUUCCUCAUAUCAGACACUUGCCGAAACGUCGCGAAGGUCUCAGGUAUCGGAUAGCCAUGUAGUGCUUUGGGUUGCCAAUAUUGUAUCUCGUCGAGGUCUAUCCGUGUCGUGUGUAUCGUUCUUGUGUUAUAUUGGUGAAUUAUUUGAGUCAUUGAUUUGAGAAUAAUCAUUAAUUUCAAAUCAUCGAUGUGUCAAAUGAUUGGUCGUGACAAUGCGUUUAGUGACGUCUCUAUUUAAUAUAUAUUCGAGUACUUUUAAUUGAAUAUGGAAUUAUCGCGUAUAUCGUUUGACUAUGUUGUGUCUAUAUUUGUGUCUAGUUUUGUCCCUUUGUUCCAAAUGUCUCGUUUACGUCACCGCACAAUCAUCAAUUGGCCGAUAAGAUAUAUUUGCGUGGCGUAAAAUUAUCAUGUGUUUGUUAAGAGAUUUCGUGUAAUUUGUAAACCUCACGUUUCUAUCUCCAGCUAUUCAGACGUAAAUAGACUUCGUUGGUUUAAACUUAAGCAUUCCAGGAAGCGGCCCGUUCUCCGCGAGGAAAGAUUUGCAAAUUUUAAUGUUGCAAGGGAAAAUGAGAGGACGCGUUAAUUUUCACCGAACGCAAAGAUUCGAAAAGCCCGCCGGGUGAUCCAAACUGUGAUCCUAAUUUUCCUGUAUAAAAGUAGAGUUUCGAAAGAAAUUACGAAGCCUCGUGCGAUCUCGACACGCUUUCCUCAAUACAAAUAGAAAUGAAUCGCCGCGCCGGUGCAAUUGCACAGACAAAAAUUGCGGACGAGCCGUACGCGGUGAGAUUACGUCCCGCCAAUAUUGACCUUCUAUAUUCUUCGAUUCGCAUACGUUUACGCCAUGAUUUCUAGGUUACAUAGAUAGUACGAGACCACAAUUUCAUUGUAGCAAGAACGCUUUGCUUCUCGUGAUUGCGGGAUUAUUGACAGGUGCCACAAUUUUCUGUGCACGUUUCGUGCACCGUUACGGCGAUCACCUUAGCGUGCGAGUUAAUAAUAAUGAUAAUAUUAAUGAUAAUGCAAACAAUAAGAUGGUUAAUAUUAU